AUGGAGAACAAUACAGAAGUGACUGAGUUCAUCCUGCUGGGACUAACCAAUGCCCCAGAAUUGCAGGUCCCCCUCUUUAUCAUUUUCACUCUCAUUUAUCUCAUCAAUUUGGUUGGAAACCUGGGGAUGAUCCUAUUGAUUCUUUUGGACACUUAUCUCCACACUGCCAUGUACUUUUUCCUUGGUAACCUGGCUCUAGUGGACCUUGGUUACUCCACAGCUGUCACUCCUAAGGUGAUGGCUGGGUUCCUUAUAGGAGAAAAGGUCAUCUCCUACAAUGCAUGUGCUGCCCAAAUGUUCUUUUUUGUAGCUUUUGCCACCACAGAAAAUUUACUCUUGGCAUCAAUGGCCUAUGACCGCUACGCAGCAGUGUGUAAACCCCUGCAUUACACCUCCAUAAUGACGACAAGGGUGUGUGCACAUCUUGUCAUAGGAUCCUACUUCUCUGGUUUCCUAAAUGCCUCCAUCCAUGUUAGGGACACAUUCAGUCUCUCUUUCUGUAUAUCCAAUGUGGUCCAUCACUUUUUCUGUGAUAUUCCAGUAGUUAUGGCUCUCUCUUGCUCUGACAGACAUAUUAAUGAGCUGAUUCUUGGUUUUUUAGCAAGCUUCAAUAUCCUUUUUGCUCUCCUGAUUAUCUUGAUUUCCUACCUGUUCAUAUUUGUCACCAUCCUGAAGAUGCACUCAGCAGAGGGAUACCUGAAGGCGUUAUCCACUUGUGCUUCUCAUCUCACUAUAGUUUCCAUCUUCUAUGGGACAGGCAUCUUCAUGUACUUACAGCCCAGCUCCAGCCAUUCCAUGGACACAGACAAAAUCGCAUCUGUGUUCUAUACUAUGCUCAUCCCCAUGCUGAACCCUGUAGUUUAUAGCUUGAGGAACAAAGAGGUCAAGAAUGCAUUCAAGAAGCUUGUGGAGAAGGCAAGAUAUUCUCUAGGUUUAGUCUUUUAUUGA